AGUCAGUGCGACAGUAGUUCACCGUGUUCGUGCGGGAGGUUUAUAGCGGUACAGUACUACCGUAGAAGGCAUGGUCGAUUUUUUAGGAACGACAAAUCGAGAGAAUGGAAUUCCAGGAAAUCGACAAUGACGAAGAUGACGGACCUCCUCCCGGAUGGGAACCUAUCACUCCGCCGCCGCCGCCUCCACCACCGCCGCCACUUUCUUCUGAUAUGGCACAAAUGGUCUGUGGUUCCUGCCGUCGCCUGCUUAAGUAUUUAAAGGGAGCCAGAUAUGUUCGGUGCUCUUGCUGUUCAACAGUCAACUAUGUGCUAGAAGCACAGGAGGUUGGACAAGUUAAAUGUGGUUCCUGUGCAUUGUUGCUGAUGUACCCAUAUGGAGCAUCAUCAGUUAGGUGUUCGUCGUGUACCAAUGUAACAGAAAUUGGGGUGCAUAACAGACGCCCACCGUGGUCUGUCCAGCAGGGACAAGCAACCCCUCCUACCAACGUUGUCCAGUAGAGUCUGAUUAUCUAUGACUUAUGUGAUACUUCUGCUAGGAAAAGAUCUGGUAUCUUCUGAAUUGGUCUUUUCCUUUGCAGCCUUAAUCAUGCAGAGAAGGAAAAACAACAUACUCAUUACCGGCAGUUUUUAUUUCUCUAUUAGUUUUUUGAAUUUAUGUAAAGAAACUUAGGAACUGCUCUUCCCAACUUCUAACAUGUUAUCUACCCCAAGGGUGACUUGUCUUUGCCUUGUGACUUUGAAUUCCUACUUAUGUUGAUUUUUUGUUCUGCUGUUUGGAGCCUUAUUAGGUGCUGCCAAUAUAUGAGGUGUUUUUCAAUGUAAAUGAAUUUUUUUAUUGAAUAUAUUGAUUAAAACAGCUAUCUAUGGACCAAAUUUGGUUU